CGGUGGUGCGACGAGUUCUACGGCGCUAGAAACAACGAGAUAUCAGGCUCUUUGGAUUAUGGCUUCGCUUAUAAGCUUGGAAAUUAUUUUAAAGGUCUAGUCUUGUUCUUGAUUUAAAAACUCAGUACUAGCCGUUGUCCCGCUUGUUGCUCAUGUCGUCUAACGUCCAACAAGAACCGCAAACCGCCGAUGACGCAGGUGCACCACUAGCACUACAGCAGCAGAAGUCUCAAGGCAUCUGUACAACCGAAUGGCAAAAUACCUAUGAGGUCGUAGUCGCAAUCAUGUCGUCGUCGGGGAGAUUUAUAGCCUCAUCAGCUCUUCUACGGCUCAGAGACGCCACGCUCUCGUUCCUCGCGCCCAGGCCACUGUACCUGCAAGACGGUCGGGUUUGUGGCAGUCUCACAUUUUCUGUGGACCUUUUGCCACGGUUGUCGCUUCUUCCUCUUCGGUCCUCAGAGGAUGUUGGGGAUGCUGUUGGAGAGGAUGCUGCCAUCCUAAGAGGAAGGAACAAUUCCACUGGUAGACAAGACGCGAGACAACAAAGUAAAUCCAACCUUCUCGAAAGGGAAGCGCGCUCGCAUCCACAGUAUCGCCACUUGAACCCAUCCGAUAACCCAUUGGAUGCCGCAAUCUUGUCAGCGAAUAUCGCAAAUAACGGGGCAGAGGGACUAGGACCUUCAAUUAAGGCUACAAGAAAUCCAUCUUCACAGGCAUCUUGGUCCCGUUUUUAAAGGGAAAACGAGACCCAAGAUGCUGCUCAAGAUGGAUUUCUCUUAGUUCUAAUUCAAGAAGAGAACAAGAAGAUGGGUUACCACUUGAUAGAAAUAAGAAUCUUCCUGCUACGAGCAAUACAACUAGAAAAAAUAACAAGCUCCUGGAGCAAAACUAUCCAACUUCAACUGCUACGCCUAGAAGAAAUCUUCAGAGUCUCCCCGACAACGAAAUCCACAUCAACGUGACUACUGGCGAAGAGGUGGAAAUGCGAUGUGGGAAAUGCGACAAUAGGGGUUACAUGCCAUGUACGACAUGUAAUGGGUAUGGUUUUUUGCUGUGCGAUCUAUGCGACGGUCGUGGCGCUUUUUCCUGUGAGCGCUGUGGUAAUACGGGCUACAAACAGCAGGACGUGAGAGGGAUUACUGCUUAUGCUCUUGGGUUGGAGGAACGAAAUCAUGUACAUAUGCUAGGUAGUGAAGUAACAUGUGAAUAAACUGUUGCAACUGUAACUGUUCUAAAUCUAGUGGUCUAAGAAGUUCCUCGUCCUUCUUAAAUCUUUCCAAAACUGCAUUAAGACUAAUCUUCUGUACUCAUUUGUUUCCGAGUAACCUGCCUGCUCCUCUGCCUCUUUCAUUUCGCCGACGACCGAGACCCUCAGACUGCACAACAUGUUUUGGUGAAGCGCGGACGUGAAAUCUGUGAGGAUUGCUGGGGAGAGGUAAAGGCUUGUGCUGGCUGCGUCGGAUUGGGCAGGAUAAGAUGUCCUUCGUGUAGUGGCACCUGUGAGGUGCGCUGUAAUGUGUGUGGGGGUGAGCAAUUUGCUGUUUUGUCAAAGUGAUGAUUCGGGUCUGAUUUUUGUGUUUGUGUUUCCUAGAAACAAUAUUAAAGAAUGAUGAAAAGUAAUGAUUGAUGUUGAACAUCAUGAACAAGAACUCUUGUCUGUAUGUUGUGCUUUUGAAACCCGAACGCCAACUGUCAUGGUGCGAAGAACCCUCUUAGUG